AUGAACGGCCAUGUGGACAUUGUGCAGAGCCUCGCAGAUGCCAAUGCAGACCUUGACCUGCAGAGCCAUUGGGGGAACACAGCGGAGUUAUGGGAGCAUGUGCAUGGCCAGAACCACCAGCCUGCAAUUCUAAGGACAGCUAUUAUGUGGGCUGCAACAAAUGGCCAUGUAGCGGUUACGCGCUUGCUUCUAAAUGCUCAUGCCAACAAAGACCUGAAGGACAUUUCCGGAUACACAGCUCUGACGCUUGCGUCGGCAAAUGGCCACACGGAGAUUGUCGAAAUGCUGACGGAUGCAGGUGCGGCGAAGUUUGCUCGUGCAUCUAAGAGGGUACGUGAGGAGAUUUUGCCUGCUGGAACCAAUUCCACUUCUUGCUAG